GUUUAAUUCCUAAGCAAAACUAAACUAAAAGUUUAUUAUCAUAUUUUCAGGUAAAAUAAUACAACUGCACACUCACCUUACUAAUAAAUACAUCCAAUUUAGUGCAAAUGACGCCAUUAAAACUGAUAACUCUGAGUUUUAUGAUGAAGAACAGCAUAUCGUGUUUAUGGCUGACCUGGACUGUCCUGAUAUUGCUACUUAUUUUGAGAAGAACAGUGCAAGAAACGUCUUCAGAGCACCAUUUCGAUGGAUUCUAUUCGGAAAUUCAAGCACUAACGACGAUGAUAUUGUGCCGAGAGCAAUAUCUAACAUAGACGUGCUCCUUGAUUCUGAAGUAUUGGUGCUAAGGAGCGUCGACGAUGUGUAUGAAAUGCAUUUCAUUUACAAAAUAAGCCCAAAUAACACCUGGCAGACAGAAUUCUACGGGACAUGGAAUGCAAAACAUCGAUUUCAGAAGUCUCCUCGAUUUUUCGAACCGACCUCUUUGAGACGUCUAGAUAUUGAUGGAUAUGAAAUAAGUAUUUGUUACGUACUAACGAAUAAUGAGAGCGUCAAUCAUUUAUCUGAUGGCCUUGACGAUCACAUUGAUACAAUUACGAAAGUGAACUUCCCCACGACCAACCAUUUGCUGGAUUUCCUUAAUGCUAAAAGGAAAUACAUUUUUGCCAACACUUGGGGUUAUCGCGUUAAUGGCUCUUGGAAUGGAAUGACUGGAUACUUAGUUAGAGGCGAAGUGGAAGUCGGAGGAUCACCGAUGUUCUUCACAUUCGAGCGUGUCUCCAUAGUAGACUACAUAGCAAGUCCAACACCAACCCGAUCCAAAUUCGUAUUUCAACAGCCAAAGCUGUCGUAUGAAAACAAUUUAUUCCUCUUACCUUUCAACACGACUGUAUGGUACAGCACCAUAGCUUUGAUUUUUAUAAUAUACUUGGUGCUUCUUCUGGUGACAAAAUGGGAGUGGAAGAAAACGCAAGAUUUAUUAGAAACGAGGGAAAAAGACGCAGGCGUACUAAGGGCCAAUGUCGUUGAUAUUAUCGUUUUAAUAUUUGGGGCUGCGUGUCAACAAGGAAGUCCUUCUGAGCUGAAAGGGUCGUUAGGUCGAGUGGUAAUGCUGGUGCUGUUCCUAGCUCUGAUGUUCCUCUACACCUCCUACUCAGCAAACAUCGUAGCUCUUCUCCAAUCCAGUUCUUCACACAUUAAGACUCUAGAAGAUUUACUCCAUUCCAGAAUCAAAUUCGGCGUUCAUGAUACUGUUUUCAACAGAUAUUAUUUCUCGACUGCUACUGAACCAGUCCGCAAAGCAAUAUAUGAGAAGAAAGUGGCUCCACCUGGUACAACACCACGUUUUAUGACUAUGGAUGAGGGAGUUAUACAAAUGCGAAAGGGACUAUUUGCAUUUCACAUGGAAACUGGAGUGGGUUACAAAUUCGUUGGGAAAUAUUUCAAUGAAGGUGAAAAAUGCGGGCUUAGAGAAAUACAGUAUUUGCAAGUAAUUGAUCCUUGGUUGGCCGUCAGAAAGAACACACCGUUCCGGGAGAUGUUUAAAAUUGGAGUAUCACCUACCUCUGAGUGGAAUAUAGAAUACUAUGGGGUUUGGUCGGCUGAUUACGGACUAAACAAGUCGGAUAAGACUAUCCAAAGUAAUGUAAUGAGACGGAAGGAUUUCAAAGGAGAACCUUUGACCGCUUCUUCUGUCGUUGAAGAUAAGAGAACUACUUUAAGUGAUUUAAUAACUCUUAGACACAUCUUAGUGGAUACAGUUGCUAAGAGCACUUUUCGUAGUAUCAAUCCCCUGUUUGACUUUUUAAAUGCGUCCAGAAGAAUACUCUUUAAUGAUACUUGGGGCUACAAGGUUAAUGGUACUUGGAACGGAAUGAUUGGAGAAAUAAACACGGGGAAAGCAGAAUUAUGUGGUAUGGUCACAUUCAUGUCAUUAGAACGCUUGAAGAUUUUGGAAUACUUUACGAACCCGACUCCUGUUACCGUGAAGAUCGUCUUUAGGAAGCCUCCUCUCUCAUAUCAGAACAAUUUGUUUCUUUUACCAUUCACAACUGGUGUUUGGAUCUGUCUGGGUGCAUUUGUUCUCAUAAUGAUAGUUGUACUGUACAUAAAUACAAAAUGGGAUAUCAAGAAAUAUGAACAGUUUAACGAGCAAAAUAUGGACCAAACUUGCUUGCCACCAACUUGGAGCGAUAUCACUAUUUUCGUACUCAGCGCCAUAUCUCAACAAGGGAGCUCUAAUGAGUUGAAAGGGACACUUGGCCGCCUUGUAAUGUUCAUAGUGUUCUUAGCGUUCCUUUUUUUGUACACGUCAUAUUCUGCGAAUAUCGUUGCACUAUUGCAGUCGACCUCCAAUCAGAUCCGAACGCUUUCUGAUUUAUUAAAUUCGAAACUGGAACUUGGUGUUGAGGAUGUGCCUUACAAUAGAUAUUAUUUUUCGCCCGCACAGAGUGCCAGUGACCCCAUCAAAAAGGCGAUAUAUGAAACGAAAGUCGCACCCAGAGGUAAACCGAACUUUUUGACUCUUGAAGAAGGUGUUAAAGCUAUGCAAAAGAGACCGUUUGCCUUCAAUAUGAAUACAGGCACUGGGUACCGAAUCGUUUCAGCGUUAUUCCAAGAGCACGAAAAAUGUGGACUUCAAGAAAUUGAAUACUAUCAAAACGCGAAAGCUUGGCUGUGUAGCGGCAAGAACUCGCCUUUUGGUGAAAUGUUCAAAGUCGGGUAUAUCAGGAUCCAGGAGCACGGUUUGACUGACAGGGAAAACCGUUUAGCCUACGCCAAGAAACCUGUCUGCUCCGUAAUGGGUAGCAGCUUUGAUUCAGUUAAUAUGGUGGAUUUCUACCCGGUGUGUCUCAUGCUUCUCUAUGGAAUGAUCCUGGCAUUUGUCUUGCUGGUCAUAGAGAUUUUGGCGCAUCGUCAUCAGAUGAAAAAACACAAUCAAGAGCCAGAUAUUACGCAGCUUCAAUGAAUUGA